GAACCAUCAAACAACCAAUUUUCUUGCGCCUUCCGGAAUGACUGUAUAAGAGAAGGGGAUAAUAACACGUAUCAAACAAUAUGGCAACCUCAGCGAACCGCACCCUACUCGGCGAACGACCGACUACCGCACCGACGAAAGCACGCGGACCGACCGCACCCAUCGAUGCAGAUGCCACCGAGGUCAAGAGACGGGCGCUUGUAGCGCAAAAGCAGUAUGGAAGAGGCGACAAGAUUUCAAUGCGCGGUGUGCAAGACCGAAAACUGCGCGGCAACCUGAGAGCUCUGGAAGACAAGUACAAGGACGCCGCCGUCAAGGCAAAGGAUGCCGAGAUCCUGCUCGAGAACACAUCUGGCUUCCUGGAGACAGAAGGAGAGCUCGAGAGAACAUACAAAGUUAGACAGGAUGAGAUUCAGAGUGAAGUCGGUGUCGAGACGGCCAAGAAGGGCUUCGAGUUGAGACUGGACGGCAUGGGCCCAUACAACGUUGACUACACGCGCAACGGUGUGCACAUGCUGCUCUCAGGUCGCAAAGGCCAUGUCGCCACCAUGGACUGGAGAAAGGGCAAGUUGGGCUGUGAGUUGCAACUGGGCGAAACAGUGCGCGAUGCGAAGUGGCUGCACAACAACCAAUUCUUCGCCGUCGCUCAGAAGAAAUACGUCUACGUCUACGACCACCAGGGUGUUGAGAUUCAGACGCUACAAGAUCACAUCGAUGUCACACACAUGGAAUUCCUCCCUUUCCACUUCCUCCUCACAACCAUCGGCAACGCUGGCUGGCUAAAAUACCAGGACACCAGUACCGGCAAACUUGUCGCGCAAAUCCCCACAAAGCAAGGCUCUCCUACAGCCUUCGGUCAAAAUCCUCAUAAAGCCAUCCUUCAUGUCGGUCACCAGAACGGAACAGUCAGCAUGUGGUCACCCAACGACCAGAAGCCGCUAGUCAAGCUUCUUGCACACAGAGGUCCCAUCAGAUCAUUGGCUUUGGACAGAGAAGGCAGAUACAUGGUCUCGACAGGCCAAGACUCGAAGAUGUCCGUCUGGGAUGUCCGCAUGUUUAAGGAGGUCAACAACUACUUCCUGAGAUCUCCGGGCACAUCAGUCUCCAUCUCAGACACAAAUCUCACAGCCGUUGGAUGGGGCACACAAACAACCGUCUGGAGGGACCUCUUCAACAAGAACCUGAACGACCAAGUCAAGGUCCAAAGCCCCUACAUGGCCUGGGGAGGCGAGGGCAACCGCAUCGAGCGCGUCAGAUGGUGCCCAUACGAAGAUAUUCUCGGUAUCAGUCACGACAAGGGCUUCUCAAGCGUCCUCGUCCCCGGAGCUGGUGAAGCCAAUCCCGACUCCCUCGAGGUCCUGCUCUACGAGAACCCUAAGCAGCGCCAGGAACGUGAAGUCAAGUCUCUGCUGAACAAGCUGCAACCAGAGAUGAUCUCCCUCGACCCAGAAUUCAUUGGUCAACUGGAUCGUGCGACACAUGCUCAGCGCCAGCAAGAAAGAGAUUUGGACAAGAAGCCCGAAGACCCGCUCGCCAAGAUCAAGAACAGAGGCAGAGGCAAGAACAGCAGUUUGAGAAAGUACUUGCGUAAGCAAGGCUCGAAGAACAUUAUCGACGAGAGAAAGGUCAGAAUCCAAGAGCUCAGAAAGGAGCAGGCAAAGAGGAACAACAAGGCUCGCCAGGGUGAAGUCGAGCUGGGUCCCGCGCUCGCGAGAUUUGCCAGAAAGGCUUGAGUGAGGAUAUGAAAGCAUUGUUGAUUGUUCGGUUGCAUCUAUCAUGUUCGGCGAUCUGGCGUAUACGGAAAAGGGGUCCAUCAAAAUAUCACGGAGUUUGGACGGUAUAGGUAGUUAUAAGAGAAGGGCCAAGCUUGAGUCUACUACAAUCGCAUCGCAUAAAUUCGAACAGCUUACAAGAGAGAGCCACUAGUGAUUCGAGUACAACCAUACCCGAUUUCUUACAUUUGCAUAACCCACGGAUGAUUGGCAAGACUGG